UUGUGUUAUUUUGUUUUGUUCAGAUUAUUUGGUUGAUUAUUUUAUAUCCAUGUCUAUCAGGUUGUCUACAUGGAAGGUAGGUAAGGGUCGUAAUCUGGUUUUAAUAGUCGCUGGUGUGAUCAUCGGCUCCAUUUAUCCACUUUAUUUUUUUCCGAAAUCAAGAAAUGCUGAAUAUCGUCGGAUUCAAGAAAGGAAUCGUAAAGGAGUUGAUAAAGAGUCCAUUCAACCCGGUGGUUUCAAGUCAUGGACAGAUCCAUUUGCAUCGUUGAAAAAAGACAAAUAAACAAGUAGCUAAUUAUAUUCUCUCCUAAUUGUUGUGUAAAUAUUAGUACAGUUAUGUCGUUCCUUUGUAAAGUCUAUUGUAA